GUGUUUUUCCACGUUCGAUUUAGUGGUCUGAUACACGUACUCCAUUUUGGAGAGUUCUCAACCGGCGUAGUGACACCUCAUCACUAAAAAUUUAACAUAUUUUACUUCUUUUGAAUUAAAAGAAAAACAUAAAAAUGAUAGGACAUAUAAUAAUUCUCCUGGUAGUGUGCGUUUGUUACACUAGUCAGCAAGGUCACCCACCUGGAGUUCCUCCUACCAUGAACCAAGGUCAACCUGGAGGUCAUGGUCAGGCUGCAGGUCAUGGUCAGCCUGGAGGUCAUGGGCAUGGAGAAGAUAUAAGAGAAGGUUUAAGGGUGAAUUCACAUGAUGCAGAACAUAUAAAGGAACAUUUAAAAGAUGUUGUUGAUAAACCCAAGGAGGAGAUGACAGAAGAAGAGUUAGAAUUCCAUUAUUUUAAACUUCAUGAUUAUGAUGGUAACAAUAAAUUAGAUGGUACAGAAAUAACAAAGGCAAUUACACAUUUUCAUGAAGAUGAGACGAGUACACAAGAGAAAAAAGCAUUUGAUCAGAAAGUAUUUAGUGAUGAAGAGAUAUCUAAUAUAGUAGAUAUGGUGCUUAAAGAAGAUGAUUUAAAUGGUGAUGGUUAUAUAGAAUAUGUAGAAUUUGUAACGGCGCAAAGAAAAGCACGAGGGGAUGGCAAUAAGUAAAAACAGUUGACACUACAAUGAUCUGCCUUUAAACAUUAUCAUCAUUGUCAUCAUUAUUUCUUUCACCAUCUUGCACAGGGAAAUUCAUCAUAGUCAUCACUAUCAUCAUUUUGUUGUGACACAAGUGAUUCCAUCUUGAUUUGUCUGUGACAUCAGUGAUUACAUCAUUAUUUCAUCUGUGACAUAAGUGAUUGUUCCCAUAUUUGGUCUUUGACUUCAGUAAUUACAUCAUUAUUUAGUCUGUGACAUCAGUGAUUAAGUAACCAUUUUGUCUUUGAAAUCAAUGAAUAAAUUACCAUUUUGUCUGUGACAUCAAUGAAUAAAUUACUAUUUUGAUUGUGAAAUCAGUGGUGACAUCAUUAUAAUGUCUGUGACAUCAGUUAUUACAUCAUUAUUUUGUCUGUGACAUGAGUGAUUGCAUCACCAUUUUGUCUGUGACAUAAGUGAUUGCAUCACCAUUUUUUCUGUGACAUAGAAAGAGUGGAUCACCAGUGAAAAUGACAUCAUUUCAUAUUAUAGCAAUUUCAAGGUAUGAUAAAAUCUAUCACACUGAUGAUUGACAAUUUUGCAAUAGAACCAUUUAAAUGUUUAAGCUUUCAAGUGAUUUAUGUUUUUUUGUUGUAUAUUGUAUUUAAUCUUUUUUAUGGUGAUGGCAUUAUAAUCAAAAUAAGACAGCCAGAUACAUUUUUUUAAUGUCAUUUCCUCCCGUAUAUUAAGCCUUGCUUUGAAAGUUACACAUGUCCUUCUAAGAGAUAUGAAAUGUAAUAGUUAUGUUUUCUUUUCACCUUUUACAUAUAAAGAUAGGUCAUUUCAAAUUGUCUACUGUGCUUGCAGGAUAAGGAAGGCGAGUUUCAAUGCCUCUUAUAACCCUUUAAUGCCUAUUUACAGGUGCAAUAUAAAGUUUGAUAUUAUAGAAAAUGAUGGUCAUACAUUGGAUCACUUUUAGAAAUAUUGAGGAAGGAUUAUUAUUUGUUUGGUUUAUAAAUUUUUAUUUGGAAAAUUAAAAAAGAAACAGCAUGUUGAAUGAAAGUGAAAUAAUAAAAAACAUCAUCACUAUGGAAAUAAAAGUAAUGUCAGGAUUAAAAAAAGGAAUUCCGUAAAAUGUAAGGUUAUUUGCGGCAUGUGCUCUUAUAAGCUUGGUGGGUUUUUUUACAUAAAAUGUUAUUAAGUUUGAUUAUUUAAUGAAGUCUUAAGAAAUUUGCACAUUUGAUUUUAAUCUUUCUUAAAAUCACAGGUGUUUAUUAUUUUAUUUUUUUUAUUUUAUUUUUUUUUCACUACAGCUUUAAUUAAAAAGAACAUAAGCAUAUUAUUGUCCAAGAUUGUUUUUGCUACAGCUUUAAUUAAAAAUAACCUAAGCAUAAUUUAUACUUUAAUAAAGACUUAGUAUAUUACUAGAUAAAUAAGUAUUUGUAAUAUAUCCAAGAAUGUUACAUCCAUCUUUUGUCAUCUUUAUUUUUUUUUGUUAGAUAGAACAGCAGUUUUUUGCUGAAUUUAUUUUUCAUGUGCUCAUUUCUUACCACUUUGUCAGUGUUUCCUCUAGAAAUUGGAUGUUUUAGAUUGUUUUACCUUUUUACUACGAGAUGCAUGUGUAUAAUAAGAGCAUAUCUUAAUGAUUAUAUAAUUAUUUGUGGAUAAAAUAUCCCCAUAUUGGGAUUGACCAAAAACAUUUCGUGGUGCUCAAAAUCAAUAUAUUGGUGACUUAUUUGCAUCAUUGUUACAACAGUGAUUCUCAUUAUUCAUUAUGCCCAUUAACUUAACUUAAUGGUUCGAUGUAUGUUUGAACCCAACAAAGUGGUCCGUACUCUCAGUGCGCGAAAGGGCGGACGGACCCUCAUUAAGCAUAAGAUAAACAAAAAACAUCUUAAAAAUUAUUUGCAUAACACCUUUGAAAAUGUCCGCAGUAUUUUGCCUUUUGGCAGAACGUACAAGAAAGUGUGAUUUGUUUGGGUGCAUAAUUGUUGUUUUAUACUUGUGAUGUUGUUAUUUCAUUUAUGUGAAAUCCAGUAUACAAUUUGCUUUACUAAUAUAUAUAUAUAUAAAUUUAUAUAUAUACUAGGGUUAGAAACCAUAAUACAAUAUAGUAUUAGUAUUGAUAUCAAUGAGCUGUAAAAGAAAUUGUAUUUUUUAUCUUUGUUGAAAUUAAGUACCGGUACAUAUUGAAGGGCAGUGUCAUAUAUACAAAUAUUUGCCAGUAUUGCUUUGAAGUGACAUGUGAAUAAUAUCAAGAUUCCUCUCUGAGAGGUGGACUGUUGCAAAUAUGAAAAAAAAUAUUGAUCUUUUAGUUUUAAGUUGCUUUUAUACUAUGACACUUUUUCUUGUAUUUUUAAAAUGACAUGCCAAUCAUGUACAAGUAAGUUGUGAGAUAGUAGCUUGGACUUAGUAAUGUGAAAUUUUUAUUGCAUUUACAGCACACUAAGACAUAUUUGUUAAGAAUUUGUAUGGCACAAAAUUUACUGGACUGUGUACGAUUUAAAAUAACUGUUUUAUUUUGGAAAUGUCUUUAUAGCAUAUCAUGUAAUAUUUUAUACAAUAGUAAUGGCAUAAAAUUAACUUUAGUACUUGUGUUCAAAAUUUUAGAGAAUAUGUUAACAUGCAUAGAUCCUACAUGAGCCGAAUCUGUCUGAUUUUAAGUAUCAGAUUAGUAUAAUAUUAUUACAAUAAGAAUUUAACUGCACAUAUUUGUUAACCAAAAAACAAAAUACAAAUACAAGACAAUGUUUUUAUGGAAAUAAAAGGUCAGAGUUGGGAUCUCUAUCAAUAGAACAAUGUAAUAUGAUUUACUGUGCUUGUAUUUUAGAUUUCAUUGCAUUGGUAUAGACAGGCCAGGUGAUCUCAUUUUUGCUGUCUGUCCAGGCUAUUGGCUAUUUAAUUUUUUCCUUUUUUUUUUACACUUAAUCCCCUUAAAAUCACAAUGGGCUAUUCCAAACUUAAACCAGGUGAAAUCCAUUCUUCAAAUUAAGGGGUAUAAGGGCUUUAAAUGUUUAUGUUGAUAUUAGAUAUUGAUAUAGGGUCCAGUUUUAUUCAAAAUAUGUUGCUAUGGAAACUUAAUGUUAUAUUACAAAUGUUGUUUUUUUUUCUGUAGGAAUCAUGGAAAAUAAUAUGUCAUAGAUAAUUUUAUUACUUUUUAUGUUGUCAUUAUUGUUCAGAUAUAUUAUUGUUGCAAAAGUUUUACAUGUUGGGAGACGUUAUUUAGAAUAUGAGGUUGUUGAUUCUAAGAGCUUCUUUGAAAAAGCAACACUUGUUGUUUUCCUUAUAAAGUUUCUACAAAAUUGCUAGUCAAAAAUUUUGUUGUACAUGUAUUUAUAAAUAGUGUAAUUUUGUCAGUCGAGUAUGUUACACAGUGCAAACAUUCUGGUAAAUAUCUUAAAAAAGAAAGGUGUUCCUUUAUAUAUUUAAAAGUAAAUUAUUUAAAUAAAAGCUAUUAAAAACACUAGGCAGCAAUUAUAUAUACAGGUUCUGGAAAUAGUAAUACAAUAAGAUUUUAGUUUUUUCAGUAUUUUUGUUUUAUAGCUUAUGUAUUUGGUUCGGAAAGCAGAAUAAUAUGUGUAGAUUUAGAUAUUUUUUUCUGAAUUAAUUUCAAUAUGAAUCAUGUUACAAAGUUGUCUCAUAAUGUAUAUAUAUUAAUAUUGUAAGAAAUUCUAGAUAUUUAUAUAUAUUGUAGUCAGAUAUUAAAUAUUGUUGUGCACAUAUAUGUUAUCUUCUGCUCACUAAAUCAUUGCAAAAUAUUUUCACUGUCAGAAUAUUGACAAUAUAAUGUGUCGGUCAUUGGAUAGCUUUUUCACCUAGAUUUCUUUAUUAGAACACUUUAUAUGAAAUCAGAUAUCAAUUUUUGUUCUUGCCAUUUUAAUGAUAAUUUUUGCUUUAGAUAAAGUUAUUAAAUUUGUGAAAUCCUCAAAAUGACAUUUUCAUAUUAAAGAAGCUCAAAUUAUGUUCACAGGAAAAACUGCCAUUGAUUUUAACUAUAAAAGAUUUUGAUUACUUUUUCCAAAUGUUCACAACUCUUUAUUUUACUUUUCACAAUCACAGGUUCACAGGCACGAGACAAACUAUCAAUAUAACUCUAUAUACUUAAAUAUAAUCUUUAUAUAUAGUAUAUAUGAGCGUUUACAGGAAUAUUGAUGUGUCUAGCUCCUGUGUUUAUAUUGGUUUUUUAAAUUCACAAUCACAAAAUCAUUUAGCAAGCAACAUGUACUGUUUGUCUAUCAAAGAAGGUUUAACAUAAAUUUUUUCUGUGUCUGUUUUGGUUUUAUUCAAAUUAAAACAAAGUUGUGUUCAUGUACAGUCAUCUGAAUUAAUUUAAACUCAAGCACACUGAAAUUACAUUGUGUCUUCCAGCAUUAGUGAGCAUUACUCAUGCAAAUAUCAUUUGACCAUGUUCAUUUCUAGUCUGACAGUAUAGACUAUAUAUAUACAUAUAUAUGAAGAUUAUAGCUAGUUAAAUAUGCACAUGCGCAGAAAAGUUGAUGUUGAAUUAGAUGAUACAAAAUUGAUUGAAUGUUAUAAAAAGUCAGAGUACUUCAGUUGUUUUUUAAUUUGAACAAGUGUGUGUUUUGCAUUCCUUAAGGCAAUGGUUUUAAAAUGAUAAGAAAUGAUAGUGCACUUUCCAGAUAUGCAUUUUUUUGUUAGAUUUUUGCAGAAUUUAGAUGUUGAAUUAAUGCCAAACUUUAUGUAAUAAAUAGCUUUAAUACCACACACUUACAUUAGAUGUAGAUUAAUUAAAAGCCAUUUAACUUAGUUUAUUAAUUAAUAGUGAAGUAAUGAAGUGAAGACUGUAAACUAGGAAUAGAUGCAGGACUAUGUAGGAGAGUAUAGAACUUUAACUUUUACAAGCUUGGAUGGAAUUAAUUAUUUACAUUCUUGUAUAUUUUUCUGUGGUGAAAAAAGCACAUAGUUUUUGAUGUCAUCUAUCAAAUCAAAACUUUUACCUUCACUGAACUACAACAUACUAUAGAUUAUAGAUGUAUAUAUACUAUAAUUUAUUUACCUACCAACGCAUUUUCCAAUCAAAACUUGUUUAAACAUACAUUCCAAAGUAUUUAAACUGAUCUGAGACUAGCAUGUUUGUAAUAUCUAUAACGGUACUGUAUGUGUUUGGAGAUAUUUUGUUAUAUGGUGUUUUAAAUGAUUCUGGUGUAUAUGGGGUAUAUUUUAUUGUUGAAUCAAUUGUAAAUGUUAUUGUAUUAAAAUAAUUUUACAAAUACUU